AGCUAGCCGGCCAAUGGUGAACAUGUCUGCUAUGAAGAAAGAGUCGUUGCAAGUUUCUGCCUACUCUAGAAGACUCAAGGACAACAUGAAGUCAAUCCUAGACAACUAUGCAGAGAUUCUCAAAGCGGCAAAAGUAACUGAUGCUAAUGAUCCAGAUGCAGUAUCCGAUGCUGGUUUGGCUCAUAUUGAAAAUGAAAUUGAAGUACGAGCAGCAAACAUAGUACGGGCUGCAGAGGGCCUCUCUAAACUGGUGUCUGAUUUGAAGGAGAAUAUGAUUUUAAACGACUUCUCCACCAUCAACCAAAGCACUACUAACAGAAUAUCAGAGCUGAAGGAACUGAAGUCUCAGAAAGAGGACGAGAUCACUCAACUGUAUUCACAGCCUAGAGAACUAAGAACUUCUUUAUAGUGUGUACUUUCAUUGUUACUCAAUUCAUAUGUAUUAACUAUAAAUUGCAGUCAAGAUGACGCAACUCACAUAAUUAUAUAUAUAAUUCUGACAA